ACCAGCCAAAUAUACUCAGAUCUCUCUUACUCUCUCCUCACCUCAAAUCGUCAUAGGGUAAAAGCAGAUCCUCCUUCGGUCUCCGCAUGGCAGAUCAGCUCACAGAUGACCAGAUUUCCGAGUUCAAGGAGGCCUUCAGUCUUUUCGAUAAGGAUGGAGACGGUUGUAUAACCACAAAGGAGCUGGGAACCGUUAUGAGGUCACUUGGGCAGAACCCAACCGAGGCAGAGUUACAAGACAUGAUAAACGAAGUGGAUGCUGAUGGGAACGGGACCAUUGAUUUCCCAGAGUUUCUCAACUUGAUGGCGAGAAAGAUGAAGGAUACAGAUUCCGAAGAGGAGUUAAAAGAGGCAUUCCGUGUGUUUGACAAGGAUCAAAAUGGAUUCAUUUCGGCUGCAGAAUUGCGCCAUGUUAUGACAAACUUAGGCGAAAAACUAACCGAUGAGGAAGUUGAUGAGAUGAUACGUGAAGCUGAUGUGGACGGAGAUGGUCAGAUCAACUAUGAGGAGUUCGUUAAGGUUAUGAUGGCAAAGUGAUCAUUCUCAAAGCUUGUUUUUAUGUUUUUCUUUUUCUUUUUUUUGCA